AUGCCCGCUGACAAGAUCGACGUCUCCGGCCUCAAGUACCAGCACGGCUUUGGCAACCACUUCGAGUCCCAGGCUGUUCCCGACUCGCUGCCCAAGCUUGGCAACAACCCCCAGAAGGCGCCCCAUGGCCUGUACACCGAGUGUAUCUCUGGCACUGCGUUCACCGCCCCCCGCCACCUCAACCAGCGCUCCUGGGUUUAUCGCCUUCGGCCUUCGGUUCAGCACCAGCCGUUCUCGCCCUACAAUGGCAACAAGAAGAUGCUCUCGAGCUUCCACCCGUUCUCGCCCGACAUUGAGCCCACGCCCCAGCAACUCCGUUGGGACCCGCUCACAUUCGAGGGUGCUGAGGACGUUGACUUUGUUGACGGCAUCGUGACUCUUGGCGGUGCCGGCGACACGCAGCUCAAGGACGGCAUCGCGAUUCACUUUUACAACUUUUCCAAGAACAUGGGCAACAAGUCGUUCUACAACUCGGACGGCGACUUCCUCAUCGUCCCUGUCAAGGGAGAGCUUCUCAUCACCACCGAGUUUGGCAAGAUGACCGUCUCGCCGCUCUACAUUGCCGUCAUCCAGCGCGGCCUCAAGUUUACCGUCGACCGUGUUGACCCCAACCCGCAGGAAUGCGCGCAGGGCUUCAUCUGUGAACUCUACAAGGGUCACUUCCAGCUGCCCGAACUUGGCCCGAUCGGCUCAAACGGCCUCGCCAACGCCAAGGACUUUGAGUCGCCCGUCGCCGCCUACGAGAACAAGAAGGGCGAUUACACGGUAGUCAACAAGUUUGUUGGCAAGCUCUUCACCUAUGACCAGGGUCACUCGCCGUACGACGUCGUCUCGUACUCUGGCAACUACGUUCCCUACCGCUACGACCUGCGCAAGUUCAACACGAUGGGUACCAUCUCGUACGACCACCCCGACCCAUCCAUCUUCACUGUCCUUACCGCCCCGACCGGCGACCAGCCCGGCACGGCCGUGUGUGACUUUGUCAUCUUCCCGCCUCGUUGGCUCGUUGGCGAGAACACGUUCCGCCCGCCCUGGUUCCACCGCAACGUCAUGGCCGAGUUCAUGGGAAACAUUGAGGGCGUCUACGACGCAAAGGCCGAGGGCUUUAUGCCUGGCGGCGCGUCGCUGCACAACAUGAACACGGCACACGGACCGGACGCCGACACGUUUACCAAGGCUACCAACGCCGAGCUCAAGCCCCACAAGGUCGGCGAGGGCUCGAUGGCCUUCAUGUUCGAGUCGGCCUACCAGAUCGUUACCACCAAGUGGGCCAUCUCGGAGAGUGGCAAGAUCCAGCAGGACUACUGGAAGGCGUGGCAGGGGCUCGACAAUGUCUCGGACCUUUAA